AUGCUGAGUCAGGCGGGUCGGCGGCUCGGGAAGAGCCUGCUCCGCCUGAGCCCGGAGUCAUCGAUUUCUGCAUAUAAAUGCAACGCCACAUCAUGGACGGACAGCCUGCGGUGCUUCGGGUCCACCGUGAGCCGAUCCGCCGCAGGGAAUGAGGUCAUCGGCAUCGAUCUGGGCACCACCAACUCUUGCGUGGCUGUCAUGGAGGGCAAGGUGGCCAAGGUGAUUGAGAACGCGGAGGGGCAGCGCACCACGCCCUCCGUGGCGGCCUUCACCGAGUCCGGCGAGCGCCUGGUGGGCCUGCCCGCCAAGCGCCAGGCCAUCACCAACCCCACCAACACCGUGUACGCGACCAAGCGCCUGAUUGGCCGCGCCUUCGACGAUGCCGAGGUGCAGAAGGAGCGCAAGAUGGUGCCCUACAACAUCGUGCGCGCCGACAAUGGCGACGCGUGGGUGGAGGCCGGCGGCCAGCGCUACUCCCCCUCCCAGGUCGGCGCCUUCACGCUGCAGAAGAUGAAGGAGACCGCGGAGCGGUACCUGGGCCGCCCCGUCUCCCAGGCGGUGGUCACCGUGCCCGCCUACUUCAACGACCACCAGCGCCAGGCGACCAAGGACGCGGGGCGCAUCGCCGGCCUGGACGUCCUCCGCAUCAUCAACGAGCCCACCGCCGCGGCGCUGUGCUACGGCGCAGACAAGAAGGAGGGCCUGGUGGCGGUGUACGACCUGGGCGGCGGCACCUUUGACGUGUCCAUCCUGGAGAUCUCCGGCGGCGUGUUCGAGGUCAAGGCCACCAACGGCGACACCUUCCUGGGCGGGGAGGACUUUGACAAUGCGCUGCUGAGCCACAUCGUGGAGGAGUUCCGCCGCUCCGACGGCAUCGACCUGUCCAAGGACAAGCUGGCGGUGCAGCGCUUGCGCGAGGCAGCGGAGAAGGCCAAGUGCGAGCUGUCCUCCGCCUCCUCCACCGACAUCAACCUGCCCUUCAUCACCGCCGACGCCACGGGCCCCAAGCACUUGCAGCUGACCCUGACGCGGUCCAAGUUCGAGACCCUGGUCAAGCCGCUCCUGGACCGCACUGUGCAGCCCUGCCACAGCGCGCUCAAGGACGCGGGCGUCACCGCCAAGGACGUGAACGAGGUGCUGUUGGUGGGCGGCAUGACGCGCAUGCCCCGCGUCCACGAGCUGGUGCGCACCAUCUUCUCCAAGGAGCCCAAUAGGUCCAUGAAUCCCGACGAGGUGGUGGCCAUGGGCGCCGCCAUCCAGGGCGGCGUGCUGCGUGGCGACGUUAAGGACAUCCUGCUGCUGGACGUCACCCCCCUGUCCUUGGGCAUCGAGACACUGGGUGGCGUCAUGACCAAGCUGAUCACGCGCAACACCACCAUCCCCACCAAGAAGAGCCAGGUGUUCUCCACCGCUGCCGACAACCAGACGCAGGUGGGCAUCAAGGUCUUCCAGGGCGAGCGCGAGAUGGCCGGCGACAACAACAUGCUGGGGCAGUUCGACCUGGUGGGCAUCCCGCCCUCCCCGCGCGGCGUGCCCCAGAUCGAGGUGACCUUUGACAUCGACGCCAACGGCAUCGUGCAUGUGGCCGCCAAGGACAAGUCCACGGGCAAGGAGCAGUCCAUCACCAUCCAGUCCAGUGGCGGCCUGUCCGAGUCCCAGAUCCAGAGCAUGGUGUCGGACGCGGAGCGCUUUGCAAGCGAGGACGCGGAGCGCAAGGCCCAGAUCGAUGCGAGGAACGACGCUGACGCGGCACUGUACUCCGCCGACAAGAGCUUGGCGGAGUACAAGGACCGCCUGCCGCAGGCGGUGGUGGACGAGAUCGAGGCGGCCGCCGCCGACCUGCGGGGGGCGCUUGAGUCCGCCUCUUCCGCGGACCUCAAGGAGAAGGUGACCGCGCUGCAGACCGCCUCCAUGAAGAUCGGGUCCUCCCUGUCCGGGCAGGCGGGCGCCGCCGGCGCCGAGAACGUUCAAGAUGCGGAGGUGAAGGACAAGAAGGAGUGA